AUGGAAAAAAUCUAUGCAUUUGAAGUCGGCUCUCCUGCUACCGGUUCUACAUGCUCAUCCAUGAUUUAUGGUUUGGCUGAUGCCACCAUAUCAAGGCUCAAAAUUACGGAUCAUACGGAGGAGAAUGCUGAAUCCACACUUUUAAUUACUGCAGACACAGUAGUGGUUUAUGAUGGGACAAUCAGAGAAAAACCAUCCAGCAAGGAAGAAGCACGCCAGUUUAUCAAAGUUGUGGGAUCUGUAAUAGUGAGCAACCUUACAACGGGUGGCAGAAAAGGAGGAUGGGACAAGGCAGAGGUCUAUUUCCACGAUAUUCCAGAUGAGGUCAUUGAUAGCCUGGUUGAGGAGGAAAUUAUGCUCAAUGUCGCUGGGGAUUUGAUGCUUGAACAUCCGCUGACAUUGCCCUUCGUUGACACUGUGGUAGGAACUGCUGGUAGUGUUAUGGGACUUCCUAAAGCUCUCACGGAGAAUCUGAUUCAGGAAGCCCUCUAGCUGCUGUAGUUGCACUAGUACUGUAUUGGUGCCACAUACAUAUACUGCAGUUUAGUCUAUAAGCUCCUGAAUACUUUUGCAUUUGGGGUUUGCGGUCUUGGCUCAAAUUUUGCCUCUCUGCCACUUAUCAAAUAUACCCGCAUUACUUCAAUUUACUACGUAUUCCGCCCUCACUUUAUUGUUUAUAUAUGUGAUAGAUAUGAACCAAUACAAUAUGAUUAUAUCAAGGGUUCAAGUGAAAAUCUAUAACAAUAAGACACAUGCAUUUUUGAA